CUAACACUAAGCCAUCCGAGGUAGCUGAUUGGGACAGUGUUAAUGAUUGGUUACGCUAGCCCCAACGCUUCUUGACGGAUUGUAUGGCUGUUGCCUAUCUCCUUUUAUUUGUUUUGCUCUCUCUUUUUGGUCCCGUCAUAACCUCUAUUCGCCUGACCUUCUAUCCCGAUAACCUCCAAGAGAAUCCAACCUCAAUUCUACAAGGUUGAACACGAUGUCAUCUCACCUCUCCUACCCAGCCAAGAUCCCCGCUUGCCUGCCGUAUAAUCCUAACAUUCCAACUCCUUUCGGCUACCGCCCUUCUCUGCCUGCUGGGGUCGUCUUCAUGGUCCUCUUCGCUGGGCUCUCUGCUGCUCACAUCUGGCACGCAUGGCGACGAAAAAGCCUCUGGAUAGGAUUGGCCUUUUCACUGGGAGCGUUUGGCGAGUUCGGGGGAUGGCUCGCACGCACUGUGGCCUAUCGAUGCCCCUACUCGAUCCAAAUGCUCGAAAUGCAACUUGCAUUGUUGACUAUGGCUCCCGCUUUCACUACCGCUGGAAUCUACGGCAUUCUCGGCUUGAUGAUCCCUAUCAUCGGCCAAGACAAGUCCCCGCUGUCGCCCAAGCUGUAUCUUACCAUCUUUAUGACCGUCGAUUUCUUCAGUCUCCUGCUUCAAGCAGUUGGAGGUGGCCUCGCUGGUGCUGCUUUCAGUAAAAACAUGUCUCCAUGGCCGGGUACCUAUACCAUAGUUGCAGGAAUUAUCUGGCAGCUAGCAUCGACUUGUGUCUUCGCCACACUUCUAGAGUAUGUGAUAUUCCGGGGCCGUAAUCGCAUCCUGCAAAACCCGGCGCUGCGACUCACCAGCCUUGCCACGAUGAUCGCCGUGACAUGUAUGGUCGCCCGCGGUGUGUAUCGAAGCAUGGAGUUGAUGAAUGGGUGGCGUGGAUAUCUAUUCACCCAUGAGGCGUAUGCGAUUGUGUUGGAUGCGGGCCUCAUGUUUAUUGCGAGCCUCGUGUUUGUAAUCUGGCAUCCGGCGAUUUUGAUUCCACAGGCCAAGGAAUAUGUCUCCCGUCGUCCUUUGGCUCAGGAAGUGCUGGAGUUGAGACAGAGUGGUAAAUAAAUUCUGUCCCCUGUACAUUUUUAGCAACAUUUUUUCGUCGAUUCUCUUAGAGCCGGUAAAUAUCACCAAAGCUUAAGUGGCCCAGCACCACUUGUCGCGUCGCCGGUUUCUGGAAGAGUAGAGCUCAUGGUAGAGCUCAUCGGUGUAGAUGUAACGUUUCUAAAGAAAGAAUAUUCUUAGCACUGGGACAA